GGAGUAACUAAUUGAGUAAAUACAUAUAUAGAUAUAGAUGACCAUUGCUCACACACCUACACCAUAUUAAUGGACCCCCCCCCCCCCCCCUCCCUCUUCCAUCAUCAAAUAACCGACCCUAAUUUCCCCAUUACAAAUUUUCAAUAUCAUAUCAUCAUUCAUCCAUCAUUUAUUCAUAUUUGUGUGUUGAAUUUUGUAAUAUACAUAUCACAGUCAGACGGUGGGAUAUGUAUGUAUUACAUGUGUAAGUAACCACUGAUUUCAAAUUUUCAAUUCAUUCACAUGAUGUCUUCUUCUUCUUUCUCAUCAGUUUCUACAUUUUUUCCUCCUCAUCCACCUUUCACUCCUAUACAAGAAGAAGAUGAAUCCAACGAUCAAAACAGUAUGAAGGCAACACCAAGUGACUGUUCAGGAUCCACAAAAGAAGAAUCAUAUUACGUUCAUCGACCGACACCUCUCCAUCAAACCUCGAAGAAAAAAAGAUCCGAAUCCGAAAGCAAAACCAAAACGGUGUCGUGCAACAAAUGCCGACCAAGUGUACGAGAAAAGUUCUCAGUGGUCCCACUCGACACCACCACCGCGGGACGUCACUCCAACGCCAGCCCCAACAACUUAUUCAAAUCAAUUUUCUCAUCUCUGGUUAAAAAGAGCCCUAGACCGGGCUCAUCGUCCUCCGGAGCCAAUAACGUGUUGGCUCCGGAGGACGAAUGGAAGGCGGCAGUUGCUGAACUGUCGCAUAAACUCAUCCAAGCGACAAAAAAACGUGACGAGUCGCUUCAAGAAGCGUCUCGGCUAAAAUCUUCAAUGUCAGAGCUGGAAAAAAAGCUCAACAAACUCGAAAUGUAUUGCCACAGCCUAAAAUCCGGACUCGAUGACUGCGCAAAUAAAACGAAAAACGUUAGAAACCACGAAGAACAAGUUAAGUAUAUCAACCAGGAUAAGGUUAUCGAGAAUUUCCUCGUUACCGUGUCAGAAUCACGGUCAACGAUGCGGCAUCUCAGCCGUUCGUUGACCGUACAGCUCCCACAGAUAUCAGGUGGGAAGCUGUACGACCGUAUCCAAUUGCUUCUACAGCCGUAUGACAUCAAGAUUUCGCCCUCAACUAACCCAAGAAUAGUUCUUUUGUACCUCGAAGCGCUACUAAACCGAGCGUUUUUCGAGGAUUUUGAAUCGGCCGGGUUUGUAAAAUCCGGGUCAAAUCGGAUCUUAAACCCGAUUCAGAAAUGUGAAGAAAAUUACAAAUGUUUUAUGCGGUUAAAGGAGUUAAGUUGGGAAGAGGUUUUAAACAAAGGGACUAAGCAAUUUAGUGAGGAGUUUAGCAAGUUUUGUGAUAGGAAAAUGAGUGAGGUGGUGAGCAUGUUGGGGUGGACCCGGGCUUGGCCCGAACCGCUUUUGCAAGCCUUUUUCGGCGCGUCUAAAGCCGUCUGGUUGGUUCACCUAUUGGCUAAUUCGGUUCAUCCAGGGUUACCUAUCUUUAGGGUGGAUAAAGGGGUUCGGUUUGAUUCGAUUUAUAUGGAGGAUAUGGGCGGGGACAAGGCGAAGAAGUUUGUGUCGCCUACGGUUCGAGUCAUGGUCGAACCGGGGUUUUACAUAUAUGGAAAUGUGGUCAAGUGCAAAGUCAUAUGCAGGUACAAUAACAACCAUGUGAAUGUUUACCCAAGUGAUAGCCCUUCAUGAUCAAUUUGUUGUAUGUUGGAAUAGUGAUUAUGGUUUGCCUUUUGGGGAUUAUUGGGUCAACUAAAAAGUUUUCUUUUUUGUUUUUUUUUUUUUUAGUUUUUUUAUGUUGCAUAGUGGAAAGGGGUUGUGUUUCUUGGUUGGAUUUUGUCUUGCACAUUUGUUCUUGUUGAUGAUGAGUUUAUGUGGCUUUUAGGAGAGAAUAAAGUGCUUUAAUUUGGAAUCCAAAUAGGGUGAUAUGAUUGUGGUUUUUCUA